GCUGUCCCCCGUGCCUGCCCGCGGCGCGGACAGCCGGGUGUGCUCGCUCGAGGCGGGCUCUGAACUGGUUGACCCUGCCUCAUGGCGAAAGCUGUGGACCGUAGGCAGGGAGCUGGGUCAGGGUUUUGCCACGAAGGUGACAGGACAAGAAGGGUAAGAAAAUGGAGAACAGCAAGGGAAUAGCUGUUGUGGUUCAUGUCCAAGGAGUCAGAGCAGUUAGGAGGGCAGGUAGUCCCCAAGGAAGGCCAUGGACCGUGGCACAGUGGUGCGGCCGCAGAGGGGGUAACUGUUGCCUCAGGAAAGUGUGGGGUGGGAGUGGCUGGGUGAGGGAAGGGGGACUUGGAACGAGGAUUCUGGAGGUGUGGUAGUCCUUGGUGCUGAGAAGGUGCGGAGCGUGACCCUGGAGGUCAAUGGUGGGGUGGGGAGCAGGUGGCUGGAAAGGAAGGUGUUGGAGACCUGAGGGCCAACUUGCGGAGGCCUUGUUGCCAAGAACGGGGGAGAAUGGUGGUGCCGAGGAGGAGAGCGGCCACGGGGUCCUCAGGCAGCCGGAGGCCAAGAUGUCAGGCCGUGCUGUGGCUGCGUGGCUGUGUGGGCGGCAGGGUGGGGAGCUGUAUGUGCGUGGGGGGACCCUGUGGCGUUCUGCUUUCCGGAAGGCAGGACCCUGCAAGGAAGGGAGUCCGUGGAUGAGUUGCUGGGGGAGCUGGCGCUGAGCAGGAGCGAGGAGUGUGGCUCCCGUGGCUGUGCGUGGACAUGGGAGAUGGGUGGCAGCCACAUGUCAGCCUUGGCGUGGGCUCCUCAGGCCUUGGGCGGUGAGGCCGCAGAGCGCUGGGACCGCGUGGGGGAAGAGCUGUGUCCAGAAGAUGCGCUGCUCCUGGCUGAGAGUCCUUAUGAGUCCACAUGUUUCUGCUGAACUUGUAACAGAGGCACUUGGAUGAUGGAUUAAUAGGAACAUUGAGAUUCUGUGAAAAGUUUGAAAUCGGAGAGUAUUCAAUUUUCACCCUAGUCCAGCAGCUGUGCUGCUCACUUAAAUACAGAUGAAUGAAGACCCCAUUCGGGAAGACCCCUGGCCAGCGGUCCAGAGCGGAUGCAGGCCAUGCUGGUGUGUCUGCAAGUAUGAUGAAGAAAAGGACAUCCCACAAAAAACAUCGGAGCAGUGUGGGGCCGAGCAAACCUGUUUCCCAGCCCCGGCGGAACAUCGUAGGCUGCAGGAUUCAGCAUGGGUGGAAGGAGGGGAAUGGCCCUGUCACCCAGUGGAAAGGAACCGUUCUGGACCAGGUGCCUGUAAAUCCUUCUUUGUAUCUUAUAAAAUACGAUGGAUUUGACUGUGUUUAUGGACUAGAACUUAAUAAAGAUGAAAGAGUUUCUGCGCUCGAAGUCCUCCCUGAUAGAGUUGCGACCUCUCGGAUCAGCGAUGCGCACCUGGCCGACACGAUGAUCGGCAAGGCGGUGGAGCACAUGUUUGAGACGGAGGACGGCUCCAAGGACGAGUGGAGGGGGAUGGUCCUGGCACGCGCCCCCAUCAUGAACACGUGGUUCUACAUCACUUACGAGAAGGACCCCGUCUUGUACAUGUACCAGCUUUUAGACGAUUAUAAAGAAGGCGACCUUCGCAUUAUGCCUGAUUCUAACGAUUCUCCUCCAGCAGAAAGGGAGCCGGGAGAAGUUGUGGACAGCCUGGUGGGCAAACAGGUGGAGUAUGCCAAAGAGGACGGCUCUAAGAGGACUGGCAUGGUCAUUCACCAGGUGGAGGCCAAACCGUCGGUCUAUUUCAUCAAGUUUGAUGACGAUUUCCACAUUUACGUCUACGAUUUGGUGAAAACAUCCUAGAUGUCAUCAUGGACUUGGCCAAAUUUGUGGAACUAUUAAAUGUAUAAUUUGUAGACAUAAAGACUUGAUUGCUUUCCAGUUUAAUGAAAGCUUAAAUGUCCCUGCGAACCCACAAUCUCUGCCAGCAGAACCGGUUUGUUCUGAAUAGUACAGAUUGAUGUGAACACAGAGCAUUUUGUGUAAGAACUCCUUCCUCUUACGAGAAGUCUGUGUGUCUGGAGGGGAGUUACCGGCAAGUUUGGUGAAGUUAAGAUAGCACCGCGGUCGUGUAAACUGGACUGGACCGCCCCAGCUCCCCAGCACCGUGGUUCUCCCCACCUGCCGCCACGCCGCAAGCAUGGUCUGGCGCUGUCGGUCCUGCCUUCUUCGCUGAGACGCGUAUGGACCUCUCCCCGUCCGCAUCUGUGUGUGUCCGUACGCGCGCUACACACACACACACACACACACACAUGCACACGCACACGCACACGCACACACGCUUCCUUGGCAGUCCUUUCCUUGUGGAUUGGGGCGGGGGUUCAAUAAUAUUCUCCAGUUUAACAGGAGUGCUUGUCCUAAGUCAGUCCGAUUUCGUAUAUUACUGCUGUUUAUUUAAAAGUAAAUGUGGGCACAGGAGACACAGGGACGUUCAGCGUGUUUUGGAAGUCAGAAGUUCAGACGCCUUUUCAGUCUGGAGGCUUUAAACCACGAGUCCAAAUAGGAAUCAUUGUGAACAGUUGCUGGACCCACAUUAGAAUUUGACAAAACAGAAAGCUGGGUAAAAAGCUGCCUUUAGUUUCUAAGCUUUGUAAAAUUUUGUUUACAUUUUUUAUCAUAAAUACUUUUUUUGUUUUAAAGCAAAGCCCAGGUACUUGGUCCACACGGUGUGAUGCCGGGGUGCUUGGGACGGCACAGCCUGGUCUGUUAGUCUGUACGAUCAGCAGUCUGGAUUCUAGUGCGUGAUUUGAGAGGCAACAGUGCGCCAGUGGUUGGCGUGCAUGUGGUAAGUUCCUGGCAGAACCUAGUGCUUUGAUCCGAGAAAUACAAGUUUGAGGGUGGUGGUGUGGCCUUCUGACAAGUUCUCUGGGACACUUUUAUUUUUAUUACUGUUCUUACUGAUAACGUGGUUGUGGUCAGAAGGCUUCCCCCGGCUUUUCCCCACAGAGAGUAUGUAGACAUGUAACGGCCUGGGUCCCCUGACGCUUUCUGUGGUGCUGAGCGCUCUUGGCUCCCGGUGUUCUGCUGACGUGGACUCUCCUGUCAUCGUGCUAGCCUGUGGGUGUGACUGUGGCCCUCAGCCUCACAGCCCUUUUGUGGCUUGUUCCUGCAAGGUGGUUUUGACCGAAGUAGAAUCACAGAAGUGGUUGGGUGGCAGCGACAUGGUCAUCUGUCAUGUUGUUUCAGAUGAGCCCUGACGGUCCGAAAGCCAGCAGAGAGGCAGUACGGAAGGCAGGGUCUUGCGGAGGCUGGAGACUUACCUGAGGUUCGGGCAGAAGGCUAAAUGCACGUGUUGCCAGCCAACUACCAGCAGUCCGUGCAGCCUCUGUCGUGGCUGUUCUCAGUAUUGGAGAUUCUGUUGUUGGUGGCCUUACUGCGCGUGAUCCGUGUGGUGCCGCUUUGCCUUCGGAAGGCUGCGCAUUGUCAUGCUGUUGGACGGUGACCCCCGCGCUCUAGAGUGCAAUGCCUCCCCUCGGGCCGCGGGGGGAGCUUGUCUGCCUCUGCGCCUCUCCCUGCGGUGCCUGCCUGGUCUCACACUUCUCUGGCUUCAGCAGGGGUCGUGCUGCAUGACUCUCUGUCACCUUUUUCCCAGUGGCUCUGGUCAGGAGUCCCUGUGUGCCAGUCUUCAGGCUGAGUCCGCUCCCCGAGCACAGGCAGACACGUGUGCCCUGAGAGUAGGGCGUCCGGUGUGUGCACUGUGUGAACAUGGUACAGUGGCUUUGGACUGAAAACCAGUGUUCUUUGGAGUAUCCUGAGGGCUGCGUCAGUGGCGACCUUCCCAGCGUCACUUGAUGACGUGCAUUGUGGUUUUCCUGCGAGUACCUUUAGCACCUUCGAUACUACAUGGUCUGCCACUCUCCUGACGAACGUGUCACGUGAUGAUCACCAUUAGUUUCAUCAUUUCCAUUUGUUGCCUUUAGGGCGGAAGGAAGGGGAAGGGGUUUUUUGUUGUUUUCCUCCCCCCCCCUCAUUCUCUUUUCUUUUGGUGGCUUAACCCACACUUGCGCGGUGACUGAUUCCACUCCCUCGCCCGGUACUUCAGGCUUCGUUCUAGGCUCACGUUUCAGAUCUGCAUGCAUUGCUUGCCUUUUCCUGGUAUCAGAAUGUUGGCUCCUUGUUGUAGGAGCCCGACAUGAGUUUCCAAAAUUAUCAUGGGACUUGUGACUGCACAAGCCCUGAACCUGUAUAAAAUGUCCUGGCCUUCCUCACUGACCUGCUAUCGUGUUCCCGUUUCGUGUGCGUGUGACGUCCGGCUGCCACGUGAAGCUUCCGAGGAGAACCUUAAAUGCAGACCAUCCUUUUUUGCAUGCUCUAUUCUAAGUAGAAUGUUCAAUGUAACUAACUGAACUUGCAUGUGGAAGAUAUUUAGGUUUUUUUGUUUUCUAUCUUUGUUUUGAUUUGUUUUCUGUUUUCUGUAUAUUUGCUUCCUGUGCCGUUGUAGUGGUCGUAGGAUGAGAAUGCACUGGCGAGCCAGCGCCAGCAGAAGGUGAUUUCCCAGCUCUGUCUGUCGUGCAGCAUUUGAAGGGACUGUGCAUUCUCGAAGCGCCCAGUCACCUCUCAGCCAGAGUUCAUUCCUAUUCUUGUUUUACGUGCCAAACCCUGCAGUGCAUUGGGCUCGAAUCUCUGAACCCUGUGGACCCAUUAGAAGACUGUUCUGAUUGUCACAAAUUGUAGUGCCUGAAGACAUGCGCAAGCUGAUUGUCUUAAAAAAA